AUGUCGUACUUCUUCGCGACUCCCGUCGAUAUCGACGUUGUCCUCGAUGACACCGAUGACCGUUCCAUGGUCGAUGUUAAGCUCGACAAGAACCGUCGCGAGAAGGCGCCCCUCUUUAUGGAUGGCGAGUCUGUCAAGGGCGCUGUUACCGUUCGUCCCAAGGAUGGCAAGAGGCUCGAGCAUACUGGGAUCAAGGUCCAAUUCAUCGGCACGAUAGAGAUGUUCUUCGACCGUGGUAACCAUUACGAAUUCCUGUCCCUGAACCAAGAGCUUGCUGCGCCUGGCGAGCUUCAGCACCCUCAGACCUUCGACUUCAACUUCAAGAACGUCGAGAAGCAGUACGAAUCAUACAACGGAAUCAACGUUAAGCUGCGCUAUUUCGUCCGCGUCACAGUCUCGCGCCGCAUGGCCGACGUCAUCCGCGAGAAGGAUAUCUGGGUCUACAGCUAUCGCAUCCCCCCCGAGAUGAACAGCAGCAUCAAGAUGGACGUUGGUAUCGAGGACUGUCUGCAUAUUGAGUUCGAGUACAGCAAGAGCAAGUACCAUCUCAAGGAUGUUAUUGUCGGCCGUAUUUAUUUCCUGCUCGUCCGCCUAAAAAUCAAGCACAUGGAGCUCUCCAUCAUCAGGAGAGAGACAACAGGCGCCGCUCCUAACCAGUAUAACGAAAGCGAGACAUUGGUGCGCUUUGAGAUCAUGGACGGUUCGCCAUCGCGAGGAGAGACAAUUCCCAUCCGACUGUUCCUCGGUGGGUUUGAUCUUACACCCACUUUCCGCGACGUCAACAAGAAGUUCUCCACCCGUUAUUAUCUCAGCUUAGUUCUCAUCGACGAAGAUGCUCGACGAUACUUCAAGCAGUCAGAAAUUAUUCUGUACCGUCAAGCCCCUGAUGCGGCUCCCGUUCUAAACGCCGGUACCUCAUCACUGCCUGAGAACAAGGCGGUAAUCGCACAGGCAUAA